CGAGGGACGACGCGGCGCUUCUUUCCGAGCCGCAGCGGACGUGCGGGCGGCGGGUGGAGGUCAGUCCUCGCUCUGCGACGGCGGCCCUAGGAAGAGUCCUCCAAGAUCCAUCAAACGGUGUUGAUCAACCUCCUGAAGAGUCUUUAUUUUUUGGGAGUCAAACCCCAGCAGACGGAGCUGCGUUCGGCCGAGCAGGAGCUGCGCUGGCGCCUGCGUGAACUCUCUUACCGGCGCCUGGCGUCCUUGGCCACCUACCUGGCCACUUACAUCCCUAAGGAGACACCUCACGAGCUGCUGACCGAGCUUUUCGCCCAGCUGGAGAUGCGUUGGGCCGAGAUCGCAGACGCAAACACCAUCGCCAUGCUCAUGGCCAAACAGGGGUACCUCUCGCCACAGUUCCGGGAGCGACUGGAGGACAAGAUGCUUGCCGAGCAAGAACGGAUCUCUCUUGACAGAGAAAUUUUAACACAAGGAGCUCACGAGCCUCUGGGUGUCCUGAUAGGACACUGUAUCUCCUGGUACACUCCAGUGGGGCGUUCCUUCUUCUCUCCCCCUGAAGGAUACUAUCACCCACUGGGAGGAGGUCGGGAGGUCUGGUUUGGCUUCCAUCAGUCUGUCAGGCCUGCCAUGUGGAAGAUGAUGCUCAACAUAGAUGUGUCUGCCACGGCGUUCUACAAGGCCCAACCGGUGAUUGAAUUCAUGUGUGAAGUGCUGGACAUCCGGAACAUCGACGAGCAGCCAAAGCCCCUGACCGACUCUCAGAGGGUGAGGUUCACAAAGGAAAUAAAAGGUUUGAAAGUGGAAGUUACUCACUGUGGACAAAUGAAGAGGAAGUACCGUGUCUGUAAUGUCACUCGGCGUCCAGCUAGUCACCAAACGUAA